AUUAAGACCGGUGUGUACACAAUGGACAACCACUCUGGAUGAUGGCGCAUAUAUUAGUCAUACGCGGCCUUUAGUCGUACUACAUUUACAUCGCUAAACUUGGCACCGCCCUCAAGAUGAUCUUUAGCAGAUAUCGACAUUCUUUAAUUUUUCAUACGAGACUAUUGUUUUGUACAGCUACGCAACACUUAAAUAUCAAUGACUCAAAAAUUAUGACAAAAAUAAUGACAAAGGGAAACAAAAAGAAAGGUAAAUGGUUUGCACCGACACAGAUAAAGGAUACAGGUUCGACAGUUGGAAAUGAAGCUGUGAAAAAGACUAGGAAUAGGAAUUCUGAAGAGACGUUUACACGUCAGGUGUGGAUGAACAGUGUCCUGCUUGAGGCAAUUCUAGGGAUCCUGAACAGUGGAGAAUUUGACAUACACUUUCAUGUUGUAAAGGUGGAGAUGGUUCAUGAUUUCUCUGCCCUCAAGGUGUUCUGGAAAGCAAGUGGGAACACUGAGCAGGAUUCAGCUCUGCAAGUAACACUUGACCAGAAGGCUGGCAGACUCAGACACCUGCUGAUAGAGUCACGCGUAUGUGGCCGUGUGCCUCCUGUAUGCUUCAUCAAGGACCUGUCUUUAGCCCGGCUCAAGCAGGUUGAAGAUCUGUUCAAGAAUCUGGACACUGGACCUUCACACAGGGAACCAGACUUGUCCAGUGUGCAGGGCCCAGCUGGCCUGGGUGACCAUGACAACAUGAGCAGUCUACUGAAUGCACGUGGGAAGUUGGGGAACCUUGAUAUCGACUUCCUCAUCAGCCAGUCUGCAGCUGUGAGACCUCUACAUGGUGGCAAUACAGAUGAAAGUAACAGAGUUUGUGAUAUGCAGAGUUUUUACUCACAAAAUAUAGUAAUGGAUUCAGAGAAAGCAAGUAUCAGUGUUGGUCUUAGUGGUAGUGGUAAAGUAUUUAAGGUAUCAGAGAAAUCAAAUAUCAAUGUAAACGCUAAACAUUCAAUUGAUAAGUUUGAGAUUGAAGAUCUGAGCGUUCCUAUACGACAAGAUAUGUAUGGGCUACAGCAUGAUGUGCUGAUGCAGAAGGUCUUAGAUGCCAAAAGCUCAGUUCGUAGGCAGCCGUACAUGGAAGCGAAGGAAUCAGGGGACGAAGGGGAUUUGUUGAAGUUCAAGAGAGACAAAAAUAAGGCAUAUACUGUGAAGAAGAUAUCAAAGAGAAAAUUGGAAAGAAUGAGUAGGAAGGGAAUUGAUGAAGAAUACUAGGAAUCAAAAUGUUAUGUAAUAUGUUUUCAUGAUAAACAGUAUUACUUUU